AAAAAAGGGUGUGGUCCUUUGUCGGUCAGUCAGUUUGAAUCACAACGAUGUCCAGUUCGGAAGUCACCGCUGCUCUUCUACUGUCCGUCAUAACGGGGAGUCUGGGGCAUAUAUGCAUUGUCUUUCCCCACCAAAGGGGCCCCUUAGAUAUAUCGACUAGCGGCAAUCCGUCAUGUUUUCGCCAUGGCGCGCCUUGCGGGGGACAGAACGCCGAGGACCCUAAAGUGACCUUGGCAGCAGGCGGUACCGCCUUUAUCAAGUGGCAGCAGAACUACAACCACUAUAGCGUUGGGUACUCAGGUUACAUGGAUGUCGCCAUUGCCCCGCUCUCUUCAAGUGACUUCCAGCUGUUGGCGGUUGUUUCCGACAAAUACGUCUACGCACAGGACCACCAGAGAAACUACACUGUUGUCGUGAGUGUACCCGACAUGGAGUGUGACCACUGUGUCAUUCGAGUUCGCUACAACGCUCAUAAACCGGGCGAGAACACGUUUUACCAAUGCACAGACGUGCGUGUGACCAAGACCCAAGGGACACAACUCCUCCCUCAGCUUCCGCCUUACGGGAAGAACGAACACAUCUGCCUACACAAAGCUCUCCAGCUGAUAUCCCCUCCACACCGCCGCACUACAGAUGGUGUAACCUUUUACGGCAUCAUGUACAGCCGCAACCAGCCCGACGUCGCCAACUACGUAGGGGUUGAUGCUGCGACCGGUGCAAUCGCGGACAUCACGACGUUGAAAUAUGGCGUCGGGUUUUCCAGUGGCCGCCUUGGAGACGUCAAUGCCAACUACAUCGCUGACGGUGUGGCUGCUGUUGACCCUCCUCGAGGGAUAACGGUGAUGAUGAACCAUCUGCUGUCAUCGUCGCUAGACGCCCCAGCUAGUACAAUGCUUGAGCUCGGCACGAACAAUGGCACCGUUGUCCGGCAUGGGAAUGUACUUGGGUUUGACCAAAGACCUUUUAGCGCUGUGGUGUAUCAGAGCUUUGGGCAGUAUCUCACCUUCAGCAUCGAGGAGGAAACAACAAAGCCAGGAAACUACUACUUCGUGGUGGGUGGUCUUGACUGGUCGGGAAAUUGGCAGGAGGCUGUGCGCAUGCCUGACACAGAGAACACUUACGUCAACUUCCAGUGGGCGGAGUAUGACCCUGGUCGCAUGAUGUUGUUUGUCCUCAUGGGCAACGAAAACGACGCAGAUGGUCUCUCGGCCAGGAUCUACACGUUCGAUGUAUCCAACAAAUCAUUCAUGUCGCACGCUGAGGUUGACGUAAGCAACUAUACCUUUAUGUCCAUGCAGCUGUACAGCAAAACAGGUCAGCUGUUGGCUGUGUCCCCCGGGUUGUUUAAAGACACCUACCCCGGGUACAGCCUUGUAUCUGUCGACCCCUUCACUGGCGCUGUGGUGAAGCUGGCAGAGAUCGCACAAGCAGGAAUAUUCGAAAACUACUACGGGGGUACUAUCUUCAACGGGGUGGAUCAAGAAAAGGGAUUCUUGUAUCACAUGUUACGGGUAGCCGACGCGGAGGCUGAUGUCAUCGCCACCAUUACCCUCAGCGACAUGACGACGACGUUCUCCAAGAUCACCAACAUCAGACAUGUACACAACUUAGCCAGGGGAAUCUGAGUGGAAUGCAGGGGUGGGGGUGGUGGGGGUGGUGUUGACAAGGAGAGCGGACCUGGAGGGCUGGCUGGACCAAGUUACGAGUGAUGCGAACUGAUUUACCCACACGCCGUUCUGUGUAUCAAGUUGGAAAUUAUAAGAAACCCAUUUCGUAACAGCUGGUGACAAUUUAUUUAACUGUUUACGGGAGAGAAAUGUUAGUCUGAAAAUUGCUCGCUAGAAAUGGUCUGAUAAAAUAUAUUUUUAAUUUGCAUGCCUUUGAUAAUAAAAUAAUCUCGUUGUUACAUUAAAAUAAACAAAUUGUUUUGAAACA